AUGAGUCGCGUCGUUCUUGCCUUCUUCGCCGCUGUGCUUUUCGUCGUCUUUCUCACGGCGUACGAAGUCGGCGUUGGCACUGCCAACCCGCUUCAGUCUCGGCACAUGCAGCUCACGCAGAACGCCGUGAAGAAGAGUGAGGAAAAUCUAGUGAACUGCCGCGAGGUCAACACGGAUUUAAGAAGUGGUGGUGACGUCAAUGUCGCACGGGCGAUGGCGGAGAUGAGGCGGCAGAGAGAGGAGCUGAUGAACAUCGUCGCGCUGGAGCGUGAGCGUGUAGUGUCGGCGCGUAGUCUGCUGCAGGUUUGCGAGGAUGAGCUAGCGAGCGACCUCAGCGUACUCUUCGGUGUCGCUGACCAUAACUUCACUGCGCGCCUCCGGUCGUUGGAGAAAAAGCGGAAACACUUGGAGGGUUUGCACUCGAUGCUCAACACGGACCCGUUUGGUGCAGUGCAGCUGCGCAGCAGCAGCGAAAUCCGCGCGCUGCAGGCGGCUCUCUUUCACGAGAUGCGCGCCAGCAAGAAGAAAGCAGAAAACGGUGUGGCGAGCGGCGCGGCGUGCGCGAAGUCUUCGGUCAAGUACUCCGUCGUGUUCGAUAUUGGCAGCACUGGAAAUCGUGUUCAUGUCUACAAGUACAGAGUGGCACCUGCCACGCGUACCGCUGCCGCGGCCGGCAGUGAGCUCAGCGACAUCGACCUCGUCGAGGAGUUAUUUGAGCUAAAUCACAAAGCCCUUAGCGAGCUCGAGAAUUCGGUGCAGGAUGCGCCGGAGGCUUUAUGGGAGCUCUUCGUGAAAGCCAAGGACUUUGUACCGGCGGAGCUGCACGCAUGCACGGCGGCCGAGUUCAAGGCUACCGCGGGGCUGCGCAUGCUGGGGAUGGAGAAGGCCAACGAAAUUCUUGCCGGCAUUCGCGCGCGCUACCGCAACGAGACGUUCUGGUUGCGCGGCAACGCAUCAGUUCGCAUCUUGGAUGCCUGCGAGGAGGGCCCAAUGGCGUGGCUGACAGUAAACUACUUACUGGGGGCAUUCUCCAGGGGUGCAACGGCAACCGACUCGACGGUGGCCGUCAUCGAUCUCGGCGGCGGCUCCACGCAAAUCGUCUUCGAACCCGGCGAGAGCACUUUCCACGGGAUGCGCACCGAUUUCCGCUACGCGGCAACCUUGGGCAGCCGGUCAGUGAGAGCCUACCAGCACAGCUACGAAGGCUACGGCCUGCACGCGGCCACCAAGAAGCUGCUUUACCACAUACAAGGCAAGAGCCAAGAGAAGCCGGGCGGUGGCACCGCCACCAACACAGCAAUGACGACCACCACGACAGCACCGGCAAACGGCGGUGACGAGGUCCUGCCUGUUUGGAAGGCUCUGAGAAACCUGGGUGCAGACGGGAGAAGCGAGCGAGGCGACAUCGUCACCAAGAGAGCGCCGCCGAUGCCACCGCCAGACGCGGAGGCGAUGGAGGCGUUCCCGUGCUUCGCUGUCGGCUACGAAGACCCACUAGGGGUGAAGAACGUCAAGAGAAACAAUGCCGAGGAGCCGGUUAUGCCCCCGAACUUCCAGGCUUGCGCGAACCUUUUCCGCGAUCGGUUGCUGAAGCCAGUGGGGCUGACAUGUGAGGCAGUCAACUGCGGCAUCGCUGGUGUCAUGCAGCCACCGCUGACCAACUUCACCGGUGAAAUCUACGCGUUUUCGUUCAUCUUUGAUCUGCUGGUUUUGGCGAACAGCUCCCUGGUGCCAGCGGGGGCUGCUGUGUCGAAGGAAAAGUUUGAGGUGAAGCUGCCGGACCUAGCGAAGAUCGCGGAGGGUCACUGCGCCGCCUUCUCCCUCACCCGUAUCGCCGAGGCGACCGCCAAGGGGGGCCUCGGUAGCCUAAAGCCGGAGUACGAGUGUAUGUAUUACUCCUACGUGUACGCGCUUCUCCGCUACGGUUACGAGGUGCCAGAGGACCGCGUGCUGCACGUGGCGAAGAAGAUCCGCGGCUACGAGACCGCCUGGUCCCUCGGCGCCUCACUCCUCUCUCUUACCUAA